CUGCAGUUAAAACCAUCUCUUUUUGCAUUAUAGACACACUCCACACAGCUGAUGUGUUGGUGUUAGCAUCUACCUGCUAAAAGGAAAAUAAAGUUGGGGAUCUUCAUCGGGGACGAUUGGGAGAUGAUGGCGAAAAUAUGCAAUAUGAGACUGUUGGAGCUCUGCGUGUGUGUGGUCGCAUUCAACUCCAUCUCUGCUUCUCCAGAGGUCUGCUCCAAUUCCCUUCUGCCUGGAGCAAAAGGAGACCAAGGCGAGGUUGGAGAGGAGGGAGAUCAAGGGAAACUGGGGAAAAACGGACCACCAGGACUUACAGGCGCACCAGGAGAGAAGGGACUUAGAGGAGAGGUGGGCACCACAGGAAAGAUGGGACCUGCCGGAGACAAUGGUGACCCAGGUGAUACAGGUGUGGACGGGCCCACUGGUCUGAAAGGGAAACCAGGCACCACAUGUGACUGUGGCAGGUACAGGAAAGUGGUUGGACAGCUGGAUGUCAACACGGGCAAACUGAGGAACGCUGUCAAGUUUUUGAAAAAUGUCAUCCUGGGGCUGAAGGAGACAGAGGAGAGGUACUACUUGCUGGUGAAGGAAGCCAAGAGGUUCAGAGAGGCAUCGAUGAACUGCAAGCUCAGAGGAGGCUCACUGGCCAUGCCGAAAACCACAGACACCAACCGACUCAUGGCAGACUACGUCAGUCACGCAGGUCUGACGAGAGUUUACAUUGGUGUGCAGGCUCAAAGCAAGGACACAAAUGGAACGAGCAGUUAUGUGUACGCAGACUCCAGCCCCUUGCAGGGGUUUGCAGCCUGGAGUCAAGAUGUGGAGCUCAACUCCAGUUUAUCUUCAACCACUAACUCCAGCUGUGUGGAGCUGCUCAGCACUGGAACAUGGGGCCGUGUGGAGUGUGAGACCUCUAUGUUUUUCAUCUGCGAGUUCCCAAAGAGCAGGAGAAGAGGAGGAAGGACGGGGUGAGGAGGAGGAGGGACACCUGCCUCAACAUUAUCAUGAGUUAAUGUGACAUUUAACCUUGCAUAUACCAUGGCAUCCAGUAGUCUGAGAUCAAUGUAACAUGUAUGAGUGUAUGCGUGUAUAUGUAUCUGCACAUGUGUAGAACAUUUAUGUAGAUAUUUGCAUGACAUUUGUAUGAUAAUUUGAGAUCGACGGUUUUGCAUAGAAACAUCUGUUGAUAUCACAUCGACACGGGCAUCUGCUUUUAUCACCACAAACUCUCUCGACGUCUUGUUCUGUGUCUUCUACGUCCACGGCUCCGCUUUUUAUGCAGAGAUGUUUGUUUUCUGUUUUUUUUUCACACAUGAGCUCCUCCGGAGAGUCUGCAGACUUUAUAUGAGACUUUACAGACUGAGAUCCUUUUAGUUUGAAAAGAGUGUUUUCAGAGCCUUAGUCCUUUGGGCCCAUCUUAACCUGUACCUUUAUCACUUGUUGGGCUUUGGUGGAGGUAUGCACUCCACUGAGUGCCAUUCAUGGUUGUACCUGUUUUCUAAUCAAUAAUAGUCAUUCAAAGCAAAAGUAGAUUGAACAUUGAGCGAUUUCAGAGAUUUAUUUCCAGCUGUGAGAUAGAAGUGAUCCACUGUUCCGCAAAUGUGUCUCUAGAGAACAAGGAUAAAUGCGCACUCUCAAAACGUCCUUACCUAUUUCCUUGAUGAUUUAUUAAAAAAAAUUCUACUGUAGCAGAGGUCUUAUAAACAAUGGCCUUGCAUCAUGCAAAAGGAUACAGAGUCCUUUACAGGUUCUAUUGAUUCUGACUACGAGCCACCAUAAACUGAACGAAGCCUGGUGCCCUUUCAGAGGUUAUGUCAACAUUGUUUCACAUAAACUGACUCCUGGCUAAACAUUAACUGUGACUCACAUUGAAAAACUGCUCUCACCAACUCAUGAAACAACAUAAGUUCAACUCCCCCCUUUCAUUAAAGAACUGCACCCCCCCCCCACACACAUACACACACACACACACACACACACACACACACACACACCCCUACAAAAUAACCCUCCAUUACAACAGAUCGCUGUUUCAGUGCAAACACAGUAAGUGCUCCUGAAUCUGUUUUUUAGAAAUCAGUUCUCUCUCUCUCUUCUCUGCAGGACCUUAAACUAAUAUUUACUUUUUAACUCUGCUCCUGCACCGUGAAGGUUAACCAUUAUACACACACACCAUUGUUUCUCAGCCCUCGAUUCUUUUCUUGCAGCAAUCAAUGACUCCAGCUAUUUGAUUUGCCCUCUCACUAUAGUGCUCCUGAGCUGUGUUCUCUGCUGGUGGCCCCCACACACUUUGAGUGUUGCUGAAUUCACUUACAAUAAGUGCAAGAUGAACACAUGAUUAAUAGUGAAUAGUAAUAGUAAUGACUGCAGAGUUAUUUAAAAAAGAAAGACAUGCAGGGUGUGGAGGGCGUAUAGGAGGAACCGGUCUUCAGCCUUUCGUCAUUACAAACACACCCUCAGGAGUUUUAUGACAUGCUUGAUGAGGACGGCAGGGAGCUAUGAGAAAAGCAAAUGCUGAUGGAAAUGUAUUAGCAUGUAACCAUUAAGAACUUGUCAAUACAUGAAGAAAUGUAUCUUGUUACCAUAAUGGAUAGUUGGUGUUGUAUGGUAUUGUACUUUUUUCUCCUAAUGAAGGUUGUGGUUUUUAUAAAUCUGAGGUAGAUUAAUAAUGUGUGAAACCUCCUCACUGCACAAUGCAUAACUAUUGUAUCGAUAUUUUGAACCUUUGUUAUAUUGCUAUUGAUGGAAAUUAUCACUUUAUCCCCCACCCAGAUCUAGUAUUGUACAUUCCUGGCCUCUUCUUCCAUUUUAAGCAGUAACCUGUACUCAGCGGCAGAUCUAGAAUUAGUUCUAAAUUGGGGGCCAUAACCGGGCCACAAUUUAAAACAGAGGGGCCAAAUAUAUGUCCAUCAUCCAUGCACAAUGCACCAUGC